ACUGGCAUCGUCACUUUCUCUCUGUUUCCUUUCUCUUUCACCUUUGCUUCUACCCAACGCUUCGUUUUGCCGAAUCAUUCCCUUUAUAUAUUCUAAAUCCAAUAUAAUAAUUCAUCUUUCAAGCUUUUUUUAGCUUAGUGGACUUCAACUGUAAUGGCAUUCUACUGUUUUUUUUUUUGUAUUAAACAUAUAUGUUCACAGUUCACCAUAAACACUUGGCUUUGAGUAAACCCAGUUGUCAAUCCGAUUUUUAUUUCCUAGAGAGAGAGGGGGAAAAAAGGGUGUAGUGGAAGUCCUAUAUAGAGAGAGAAACACGGAUUACAGAUGCUCUGGGCAUGGGGAAAUUGCAAGGACAGAGACUGCCAGUGCAGAACCAGAACGGCGAUGGAGUUGGUUCUACAGCUUUCUGUCAGAGAUGUUCGAUGGGUUUUUCAAGAAUCGGCUUACAAUUUAGUUUCAAGUGUAUCGCCGUUUUGCUACUGAGUAUUGCCCUUUUUCUCUCUGCUGUCUUCUGGAUCCUUCCACAUCGUUCUAAGUUAUCUGGGUUUGACGCUAAAGAGGCGAUCAAGCAUGCCGCCACUACUCAAGCAUACUUCAGAUUGGAGAAGCCAGUUUCAGACAUUGUUCCCCACAUUGCAAGACUGGAGUAUGAUAUUUUGGAUGAGGUUGCUAUCCCUAACAUGAAGGUUUCUGUCCUAUCUGUGCAUGCAGCAGGUGUGGCUAACCAGACUAACGUAAUAUUUGGUUUUCUUCCGGAUCCAGUUGAUUCUUCUAGUACUCCAGUGUACUUAAGUCUGCUGAAGUCUGCUUUAUUGGAACUGUAUCUUCGAGAUACCAAUUUGACAUUAACUUCCUCAAUAUUUGGACAACCAUCUUCAUUUGAGGUUUUGAAGUGUCCUGGUGGAAUCACUUUGAUGCCCGAGCACCUACCCUUUUGGGACCUACCUGAUGUCCUCUUCAAUUUUACUCUCCACAGCUCUAUUGAUGAAAUAAGGGAAAAUUUUAUCGAGCUGAAGGAACAACUGAUAUCUGGCUUACGUCUCAGUCAGAGUGAGAGUGUUUUCUUACAGAUAUCAAAUAAAGUUGGCUCCACUAAAGAUCCCCCAGUUGUAGUUGAAGCUUCAGUAUAUUCAGAUAUUGGGAGUCUGCAACCUCAGAGGUUAAAACAAUUGGCUCAAAUAAUUAUGGGAUCUGUUCCUAAAUCAAAUCUUGGCCUUGAUAACUCUGUUUUUGGUAAAGUGAAGCAAGUAAGUUUAUCUUCCUUUCUAAACCGUACUGUCCAUGCUGCCUCGCCUGCUCCAACUCCUGCUCCAGCUCCUGCUCCAAAUGAACCUUUGUGGCCAUCACCUUCUCCAUCACCUUCUGUUUCUUCAUCUCCAUCUCCAUCUCCAGCUCCCUUGUCCAACUGUCGUAGAUUACAGUCACAUGCUAGACAUCAUUGUGGUCCAGCUCAUGGAGAAGAACCUAGCAGCUCUCCAUCUCCUAUAGCUGAUCCACCUUCUCCUGUGACAAGCUCUGGUCCACCUUCAAGUAGUUCUGGAGUUGCAGCAAGCCCAUCAUCACAUGCACCUACUUAUCCUCCAAAACUAAGUCCCAGGGUGAAUCUUUCUCCUGGUCCUUCUCCACAAAUGUCUUCCUCAAUCUCAUCUUCAUCAUCAUCUCUUGCACCUGGCAUUUCUUACAAGGAGCUCUGCUUGUUCUGGUUAUUUGGAUUGGCAGUAUUUCAAAUCCUUGGUUGGACGUGGUGACUGUCGUGUUCUGGUUUGACAAGAUUUUAACAUCUUCAAAGAAGAAGAGAGAAGUAUACUUAGCAACAAACAACUUUAUUUGACUAGGAAUUAUAGCAUCAUUUGCCAGUUAGUUUGUGGUUACCAUGGCAAGUCACGUUAACCACACUAUAUGAACAGAAGAAAUCACAGGUCAAAGCCAAAAGGUGGCAGGACUCUGUUUGACAUCACAUGAAGACAGUUACAAAGAUGUUUUCUUCCCGAAGGGAAUGACUACUCUAGAAAACAACUACAUGCUCAUCUGCAGGUUUUCAAGGAGAUACCAGUCGUAAGAUAUGUUGGUUCAUCUUGAAAAUAAUGCAAAAGAGCUAAUAUUUUACCAUAUUGUAUAUUCUUACUCAAAACUGUACUCAGCUGCUUUUUAUGUGCUAAGCUUUUAAUCAGAUAAAACAUCAGCCUUUUGGCACUUGAUGCUAACGGGUCUUUGUUUUUUGGGA